UCACUGGGUCUCGGUCAGUGAUUACUCACCGGCAACCGGUGAUCGCUGAGUAUCUCCAACGGGGGAGAGACCUGUGUUGCUUUGUAUGGCUCUGCAUAGCAGAGCCAUACAAAGCAAUGUGCUUAGAGUGGACAGCACACAGACAGCAUACUGUGAAACAGCACACAGUAAACCCUACAUGUUAACCCCUUCCUUCCCAGUGUCAUUAGUAUAGUGUCAGUGCUUUUUAUUAGCACUGAUCACUGUGUUGGUGUCACUGGGGAUGUCAGUAGCAGUUAGUCAGUUCCCUCCCCCAGUGUCAGAAUGCCAGCCACAGU